CAUGGUCAUAAGCGAUAUUGCAGCAGUUAGAUAUCUGAACUCAAAACUCAAGUAGUAUUUUAUUUAAAAAAAUAAACAACAUGAGUCUAUCCGCUGCUCAGCAAGGAGGUGCCCCGACAUGGAGAGAGGCGAGAAUGGAGAUGGCCAAAAGGCUCAAGGACAACGAGAAGCUCCACUUGUUCGACGGAAUCCUCUACCCCGUGGUGCUCUGCCCGGCCGAGAACGUGGAGGCCCUUAGGACCCUGAAGGCCAGACCAGACGACGUGGUUCUGCUCUCCUACCCAAAGUGCGGAUUCAACUGGACGGUGUCCGUCUUACGGAAAAUGCUGGUUGCAGCAAAAGGGAAGAGUUUCUCAUCAGAGAUGCCCCCACAGCUUGACUUCUGCUCGCCAGAGAUGCAGAAGACAAUAGAACAGGAGCCGUCACCGAGGUUACUGGGUACUCAUAGCCACAUGGGGAGACUGCCUCUGCUGUGCCAGUCCAUCAGAGACAACAAGACAAAGAUGCUGAUGAUGUUCAGGAACCCCAAAGACACGGCUGUGUCCUACUUCCACUUCAUGAACAGUAAUCCAGCUCUGCCCAGCACCGAGUGGGACACCUUCUUCUCAGACUACAUGACAGGGAACGUAACAUUUGGAUCCUACCUGGAUCAUAUUGAAGCCUGCUCCAAACUGGUGGAGGAACCCAACGUGAUGACAGUUAUUUAUGAAGAACUAAAGGAGCAGGACUUGAUUGGAAAUAUCCGGAAGAUUGCCCGCUUCCUGAACUUCCCCCUGACGGAGAUGCAGGUCCAGGCCAUCUCGGCCGAGAGCACCUUCAGUGCCAUGAAGCAGAACGCUGUCAACACCCACGGCAAUUUUGGCAAUGUCUUAUUCCGGAAAGGUGAGGUGGGCGACUGGAAGAACCACUUCAGUGAGGCCCAGAGCCAACAGAUGGAUGAGGAGUUCAACAAGAGACUAGCAGGAACCAAACUGGGGGCCCUGCUCAAAUACGACACUUACUGCAAGUAGGGAGGGAAGGCAGCAGGGCUCGCAUCACAGUGGCCCCAACCAACCAAGACCAAAUUAACAUGUGAUGAUAUAAAUGAGAAAGGUAGUAAACAUUCGAAUGUGGACAUCUCUUUUGUUAACUUUACUUAACUCCCUGUGCUCAAGAAAGAACAUUUUAAAUGACCUGCACAUUGGAUGUAUUUUAUGAAUGUAGACAUUUCUGCUGUAUGCAAUAUUAACAAACAUAACAAAUUUACAAUCUUUCAUAGAGAUAAUGUCUUAUGAAUGUAUGAAUGAAUAAAACUUUAU